CUUUAUGUUGGUAAACUGUAAACUAGCAACUAAGAUCUCAGUUCAUGUCAAUGUAAUAUUUAGUGUUGUAGAAUUUUGUUCUUUUCUUUUCAACUGUAACAAUGGCGGACAAGGUAGCAGCAAAGCCUGCAGAGCCAAAAAAAUCACCUGCAGACCCAAAGAAAAAAUUACCUGCAGUUCCAGAAUCGGUUCUAAAACAUCGUAAACGAAGAGAUGCGUUACGUGCAGCCAAAGUAACACUUACUGUACAACGACGUGCUAACUAUAUCAAGAAACGUAAACAAAUCUUCAAACGUGCUGAGAAAUAUGUUAAAGAAUAUCGUAUUAAAGAACGUGACGAAAUCAGAUUAAUUCGUCAAGCUAAAAAUAGAGGAAAUUAUUAUAUUCCAGGCGAAGCUAAAUUAGCUUUUGUUAUUCGUAUUCGUGGUAUUAAUCAAGUAGCCCCAAAAGUACGUAAAGUACUUCAAUUAUUCCGUUUGAAACAAAUCAACAAUGGUGUAUUUGUUAAAUUGAACAAGGCUACCAUUAAUAUGUUACGUAUUUGUGAACCAUAUGUAACAUGGGGUUAUCCAAAUUUAAAAUCAGUCCGUGAAUUAAUCUACAAACGUGGUUUUGCCAAAAUUAAGGGACAACGUAUUCCAAUUACAUCAAAUACAAUUAUUGAAAGUAAACUUGGUAAAGCUGGUAUUAUUUGUACUGAAGAUUUGGUUCAUGAACUUUUCACCGUUGGCAAAAAAUUCAAAUAUGCAUCAAACUUUUUAUGGCCAUUCAAAUUGAACACACCAACAGGAGGAUGGCGUAAGAAGACAAAUCAUUAUGUUGAAGGUGGUGAUUUCGGUAACCGAGAAGAUAAAAUUAAUGAAUUAUUGAGACGAAUGGUUUAAAUGUAUCAAAAAUCUUUUUAAUAAAUUAAAUAUUAAAAUUA